UUUUUUUUUUUUUGUGGGAAAACAAAAAGACAAUUAAUAAUAAAUAAAUUUAGCGUUUCAUUUUAUAUUUAAAAGUAUUUUUUGUAAUUUUAAAUUGUAUUUUUUUUUUUGGUGCUUGGUAAAUAUAUUUGAUUAAGUCUAUGAGUGAUGAGCGAGAGAGGGGAUCAUCAAUGAAAAUGAGAAGAAGAAGAAGAAGAAAGUGUAAAAAACCAUCACCCAUCAGUAGUUGGUAGUUGGUCCUGGCUGGUUCCUGAAUUUAUACAAACAAAUUUGCAGGAGAUUUGACAGCCCUGACAACAAAAAAAAAAAUUAUUAUUCUCAUGAAAUAAUACUCAACAAAAAAAAAUAUAUAAUUCAAUUUUUAAUUAUUGAGAGUAUUAAUGUGAAGUAAAGUUAAUUAAUUUAUCAUUAUAUUCAAAUUAAUAACUUGUGAUUAAUAAAAAAAAAAAGUAUAUAUUAUUCUUGGUAAACAUAUAAGAAUUAUCUCCAUGAUUGAAUUCAAGUUGGCGGGAAAUAUUUAAACCAUGAAAAGCAAUAUUGCGAGACUCAAUAAAUUUGAAACUGGUUUUUAUUUUUUUACCUGGACUUUUGGUAUAUUUUAUGGAAUUUAUCAACUUUAUCUAGCUGGAUCAUAUUUUAAAGAAUAUGAAGAUCCAUUUAAUGAUUUUACAACUGGAUGGUCAUGGAUUGGUAAAAACCGAGAUGUAUCUGAUAUUGAAUGGUCACUUUGGAUUCCAUUCACCCACAGAAUUAUUCCCUGGAUAAUUGUACAUUUUUUAAUAUCACAAUUGUUGAAAUCUUAUAAACAAAGCAGCACUGUAAUAUGCAGCUGGUACAUAUUAAUAUCCAUGAUAUUUCUAUGGAACUAUGCUGGUUGGAUAUGCAUGAUAAUAAUGCUAACUCAACCAUGCAUUGCUUGUUUAUUAACAUCAUUUCGUAGUAAAAAAAUUGCAUAUAUUAUACAUUUUGCAACACUUGGUGUAUUACAAUUAACAAGUGUAUUAGAUAUUGUACUUAGAAAUUGGUUAACACUUGAAAAUGACAUCUAUCAUAUGUUGAUUGUUGCUAUAUGUUGGAUACAAUUGAGAAAUAUUAGUUGUAGCAUUGACAACAUAAAUGAUUAUAAGCAUAAUAAUAUUAUUGGAUUUUUUAAAAAUUUUAUACAAAGUACUGCAUAUUGUUUAUAUUUACCAACAUUAUUCAUUGGACCAUUUUUUCUCUACAGUGAUUUUAUCAAAGGGAUUAAUCAACGAUUCAAGAAAUGGACAUUAAAACGUAUAAUUUUUUUUAUAAUAAAUUUGGCAAGAUAUACAUUUUGGUUGUAUUUUACUGAAUUUUCAAUGCAUUUUAUUUAUUGUAAUGCAUUUCAAUAUCAUCCUGAUGAGGUUGCUAAAUUAAAUUCAUGGGCAUUUUAUGGAAUGGGUUAUUGUAUGGGUCAAUAUUUUCAUAAUAAAUAUGUUGUAUUUUACGGUUUAUAUGGUGAAAUUGGUAGGGGUGAUAAUAUUGAUGUUCCAUUGACUCCAAAAUGCAUUGGUAGAAUUCAUUUAUACUCGGAAAUGUGGAAAUACUUUGAUCGUGGAUUGUAUCAAUUUUUAACAAGAUAUAUUUAUAUUCCAAUUUUGAGCUUGAAUUUACCAUUGAAUAAAUUACUAGCAUCAUUUAUGUCAUUUGGAUUUGUUUUUAUUUGGCAUGGUGUUGAUAGAUUUAUAUUUACCUGGUCAUUGAUGAAUUUUUUGGGUCUUUCACUUGAAGGAUUUAUCAAAACAAUUGGUAAAACAGAUAAAUACAUUGAAAUUGAAAGUAAAUUUUCAUCAAUUAAUAUCAGAAGAUUUCAUUGUCUAAUUGCAAGUCCACUACUUGCUUUGUCAGCAAUAUCAAAUUUUUAUUUUUUUGCUGGACAAGAAAUUGGAAAUAUUUACUUGUACAGAUUAUUUCAUGAUUCACCACAAAUAAUUGGAACACUUUUAUUUUUUCUUUAUUGCUGUUGUCAAGUAUCAACAGAAGUAAAAUUAUAUGAAAAAAAAAAUAAAAUUGAUAUGAAUUUACUGAAAAAAAUAUAAACAAACAAAUAAUAUUUCUUUUUAGUAAUAAAAAAUGAAUAAAAAAAACAAUAAUAUUUAGCUGUUAUUAAUCAUUUUAUUUUUAAGUUCAUUUUCAAGUCUUGUUUCAAAUACUUUUUGUGAUGUACAAAUGGCAAAUAGUGGUGGAUUAGUAAAACCCAUUUUAAUCCAUAAAUCAUAUUUUUGUACAAGUGUAUUAUAACUUGCAUGAAGACAAGAUGGUAGACGAUAAAUAUCUUCAAUAGUAUAUCCUUUAUCACGUAAAAAUUUUAAUUUUUUAGUUAAAUCUGGUAAUGAUAUUUUGUCAAUUUUUAUACCACGUUUUAAAAAAGCUUCAGAAGAUUCAAUUGAACAAUUCAUUAUAUUACUUAUGUAGACUUCAAGACUAUCAGCACCAUCCAAUAAAAGUUUACGUUUAGCAAGUUUAUUUUCAGCACUGUUAAAAUAAUAAAUACUCAUAUAAUCUCUUGAUAAAAACAAUUGAAAUUAUAUUAUUUACUUACUUGACAAUAAUACUAAGUGGACAUCGUACAACCCAUGGUUUUAUUGGAUUUAUUUGUGCUUUGAUAGCUCUGUUAACUCUUGUACGUACAGUUUUGUGUGAAAAUUUAUAAACAUGCAAAUCACAUAAUAUAUGUUCACCCGUAACUCCAACUUCUAA